CCCCGCUGCGGCGACAGAGCUUCCUUCUUCAGAACCUUCUAGACGAGGACAGAACCCCGCCACCCCAGCUGCCGUAUGCCCGUAUCCGCCCGCGGGCGAGGGCGAAACCUUCUUGUUUCCGGGGGCGGCCUUGCUCCGCAUGGAUCAGAGGAAGGCUAUCUUCCGCGCCAAGCUCCGCGAGACCAAGGACAAGCAGCAGCGGCGCAUCGACCCCUCGCUCGUCAGGUACAAUGAAUUUGAUCAGCCCAUAUGCAGAGUCUGCAAUAUUACGCUGAAGUCUGAAGCACUUUGGCCUGCACACCAAGUGUCACGGAAACAUCAUGAGGCGAAAGCUGCUGCGGCUGCUAAGGUUGCACCUGCAGCAGGUGCAGGGCCUCGAUUGAGUACCAAGCAGGAACAACCAGUGGAGUCUCACAAACAAAAAUCUUCCACACUACCUACCAAUUUUUUCGAUAAUCAGGGAACAAAAAGGCAAAGUGAUGAUACUGGUUCUGAAGGAAGGUCUGUGCGCCGUGAAGUUGCUGUUACUCAACUGAAGGCCAAAGAAGCAAGCACAGAUAAACCAUCUGUUAGGCUAGAUCAAAUGGCAAAGAAAGAGAGUCAAGCCAAUACCAAAGGAAUCCUUCCAGGGAAUUUUUUUGACUAUGCAGAUGAAGAGGAAGCUCCUGCUCCUAACGAGCUUAGUACAUCUGGAAACAUUGCCAAUUCCAAUCACAUGCAGGUGAAAGGUGUCCCUGAUGGCUUCUUUGAUAACAACAAAACUGGCAAUGGCACGCAAUCUAGUGAACCCACUUCAUUCUCUAAAGAAGCAAAGAGUUCAGAAACCACUCAAGUAAAAGCCUCAUUGCCUGAAGGUUUCUUUGAUAACAAAGAUGCUGAUCUCCGUGCACGUGGUAUCCAACCUCAGAAGGUUGACAUGAAUGAUGCGUACAAAGAAUUCGAGAAGGAAAUUCAAGAGGACUUGCAGGAAGUUGAUGACCGCCUUGAAGAAGAGGAGAUUGAUGCUGCUGCCGAGAGGGAGGAAUACUUGACUCUAGAGCAACAGGAGUACAGGCAGCGAGUAGAUAUGUUGAAGAAACAGCUCGUAGAGUCAAAAGCCGCCCGGACUGCUAAAGUAAAUAGCAAACCUGUUGGUAUGGACACAGAGUCCAGCAGCGACUCAUCAAGUGAGGAAGAGGAUGACAACACAGAUUUUGCGGUUGACUGGAGAGCGCAGCAUUUGAAAUGACAGAAACAUUUUGUAACUUGUAUCAACCUACCAUGGAAAUUAGAAUCCACCAUCAUCGAGAAUUGUAGCCCAGUUCUUCAGGUUUUAUUACAUGAAGAAAACUUUCUGUAGUUUCACAUCUUUCCUUCUCUCCCUCAGUAGAACCAUUGGCAACUCUGUAUACAGUGGAGUUUUGACUACCAUGAAUUGACUGCAAAUCGCUUAAGGUGACUGAUUGAACCUUGUUGGAGCGAAGAUUAACUUGUUCCGAAACGGACUGGACAUUGAAUACUAUACGUGCUGCUCUUAAUUU